CCCUUCCCCGUCGCCCCUCCUUCCCCUCUGCAGCCUGCAGGUCCCCGUUUAGUUCACCCUCCCCACGAAGAGCUUCCGCCGCCAGCUGCCCCCCGUCUCGGACCGCUUUCUCGGCUUCUUCUCGCCGACCCCAGUCGCCAACGGCACCUCCCUCGCCUCUUCCGCCGCCGGCGUGGGCGAAUUUCACGAGGACGACAUCUUCUGGACCGGCGCCGACCCCCUUCCUCCGACCCCAGCCCGCUCCCCCAUGAAUCCCUCCCCCGCCGCCGCCAGUCCUAACCCUAACCCUAACCCUGCCGCUCUCUCUCGAGCCGGGUUCCGGCGCCUCGCGGAGCGGAACUUCGGCAUUCUCGCUGCUCUCGCGGAGGACGACAAGAAGCGGCCGAUGGCGAAGUCCGCCGCCCCGUUCCUCCAGCGGAAGACCGCUGCCGCCGCCGCUUCCAUCGUCUUCACGUCCUCCUCGUCGGUCUCCACUCCCCGUUCUUCCGUCUCCACCUCCGGCCGGAUGAUCUCAGCGGUCCCCAAAUCGAAGCCUGAGUUCGCGCUUUCGAUGCCGGGAGGGAAGAUCUACCACCGGUGUGCGCCGGUGAACGUGCCGGUGGCGCCUUCUAGAGUGAGGAGAGGAGGGGGGGAGUUCGAUAUGGACGACGGAGAUUCUGACGGGGAUGGGGAGAUGCUGCCGCCCCACGAGAUCGUGGCGAGGCAGUUCAGGAUUGGAUCGCCAAUGACCACCUCCUCGGUACUGGAGGGGGUCGGAAGGACGCUCAAGGGGAGGGAUCUGCGCCGGGUUCGCAACGCCAUCUUGCAGAAAACAGGGUUUCUUGAUUGAUAGUGAGGAAAGUGCUUCCCCCUCUUAAAAAUUUUUGCUCUUUUGGUUGUGGCUUUAUUAUAUUUUGUGAUUUGGGGAAGAAUUGAGAAUAUUUUGUUGAACCGGGGAGAAUAAAUGAGCAUCUUUUGCCUCUUUGCGCAUUGGGUUC